AUGGAGCUCGGCAUGGCAGAGGUCGCACUGGUGUUCCUGGGCGCGAUGGGGCUGGCGCUGGGGGUACUGUGGCUCUACCGGGUCGUGCAGUACCGCGGAGCCGUGCGACGAUCGCAGGCGCGAUGGCUCGCGUACGACCCGGCGCACGUGCUCACUGAAGACGAACUGGGACUCAAUUGGCCAAGUCUGAAGCCGAUUCUGCUGUCGCCUAUACUCGAGGAACGGCACGAGAGUGGACGCGAGUCCGAGAACGACUCGAUGGUGUCGACGCGGAGGGAUUCGCUGCCGUUGAGUGCGAUCUCUGUCAUUGCCUAUGGGAGCUACGAGCAGCCUGGAGCGAAGACUGCCAAGGUGUAA